AGUCUAUGCCGACCUGUACACGAAGACGGUCUCUGCCGUCGUCUUUCGUUUUUAGUGGACUUGAGUCAAGUUUUUUUUUCGGUGAAACGCGAGAGUUUAGUUACUGAAAAUCAUUUCCAUCUUUUGCACAAAACCAUCUUUUUUAAAAUAAUUCCUUUUCAAUUAAUCUAAGUGCUUAUUUUUUUCUGAUUUUGGAAAAGUGCUUUCAUUUUUCACGGAUAACAAAUUUGAGAAUAUCUCUCAGUGAAAUUGCAAGUGUUUCGUUUGCCUGAAUUCAUGGGAAGAUUUCUACAACCUUGGACAAUUGUGAAUGUGCAGCAUUUUGGAGCUCAUGAGAUUUAAAGAAAACGAAAAGUUCACGCCAGUGAAUACAAAUUUUUUGACCAUCAACGAACACCUCGCGAUAUCUCUUAGUGCUUCAAUUUCGGGACAAAUUUAUCGAAUUUAGGAAAAUUGUCUGAGGAACGAGAGGUGGAAAAAAAAGAAGUUUGUGAAGCUUUCAAAUACAUUUCAAUAGAUUGAGGUGUGUUAGUGCCUUGAAAAUUUAUCCACAAAUGUAUAGAGUUCACAAUAUCGUUCGAGAGAAAGUGAAUUUUCAUAUCAGACACGUAUAAGAGCUGCCUGGGAGUUUUACACUAAGAAAAAAGCCACCUCACAACUGCAAAUGCCAAGUCUUGUGCCUUUUCUUUCCACCCAACACACUGCUUAAUACCAUUAACACCAUCAACUAAAAGUACUUGUGAGGUGACUGAAUAGAUUAUAUUUUUUUUUUCUUGCCUCAAACACUUUUAAUUCCUCAACUUUUGUGUGUUUCUCACUCUAUAAAAAACUGAUAUUGGGACCCCUAAAACCCAUAAGAUAAUCUAAGGAUAAACCCUCAUAUAUGACCUCCUGAAUGGAUGUAGCUGUUGGAAAAAUAGGGAUUACAGUUCAACAUUAAAUGACAAAGUUAACCAGUUGCAAAGACAAAUACAAAAUGAUGAAUCUGGGACUGUUGAUGACGACAUGGACACUAAUCUGCACAUGUUCAGCACUGCCAGAUAUUCACCUGCAAAUGUCCCCAGAACAGCUGCACACGAUAUUCCAUGUGGAUAGUGUAGAAAAAGUGCCAAACUAUGAAGUUGUGGAGCUCACACAUCAUACCCCAUCCACUCAUCACUUGCGAAAGCGCCACAUUGACUCGGGCAAUGCUUUAGAUGGCCCCAAUCAACUGCCACAUCAUGUAAAGAAGGACCUCAGUAAGACACCCUUCUACAGUGUCCCUAAGACAUCUCUAGGCAAAAAUAGUAGUGAUAGUGCAAGGAACAGUGUUAAUGAAAUUCCCGGUGUCGUUAAUUUAAGUGACGUGAAAGAACACAAAGUGUCAUUUGAAGCCUUUGGUGAAAAAGUGAAAUUGCAAUUGAAACCGACAGAAGGAUUGUUCAAGGAUGGACCACAAAAUUUGAGGAUGUGGGCAGUCAAAUCGGAUCCAAAUGCAACACAGGGACUCAACUAUGAAGAAAUUACACAGGACGAGGAGUCACAAGAGGAAGUUGGUCACGUUUUUCAAGACGAAAGCAACAUGGCAGCUAUUCUCAUGAGGAGACAAUUGGAGACUGGAGAUCUUAUGAUGGAGGGAAGUAUUGGUCAUGAACUAGUAAUUCGUCCGCUGCCAACUGAAAUAUCAUCUCCACUGAAUAGUUCAAGUGUUCAACACGUUGUCUUCAGAAGACAAUCUGAUCCUAUGGAUCAAUUGAGUGAUUUUGCGUAUAUGGAGCCUGAUCGAUUGCAAAAGCGAUAUAGAAGGGGAGACUAUUCGAAUUUCACACGAUCAGGACGCGCCAAAAGGGCUGUGCCACAUAUUAUUUAUCCUGAAAUACUCGUUAUUGUCGAUCAUGAUGGUUACCGGUUACACGGCGGUGACAACAUUCAGGUUAAGCGGUACUUUGUGUCAUUCUGGAAUGGUGUUGACUUACGUUAUCGCCUACUGAAAGGUCCCCGCAUUCGGAUCAGCAUUGCUGGCAUUAUAAUUUCAAGGGGACGAGAUGCCACGCCAUAUUUAGAAAGAAAUCGUGUUGGACGUGAUGCCAUCGAUUCUGCUGCAGCGCUUACGGACAUGGGAAAGUAUCUGUUCCGGGAACGACGACUACCAGUUUAUGACAUCGCUGUGGCAAUUACAAAGUAUGAUAUGUGCCGCAGAAGAAAAGGCGGUAGAUGCACCAAAGGCACAGCGGGUUUCGCGUACGUCGGUGGGGCCUGUGUAGUCAACAAGAGAUUGGAGAAGGUGAAUAGCGUGGCAAUCAUCGAAGACACAGGUGGUUUCAGUGGCAUAAUUGUGGCAGCUCAUGAAGUUGGACACCUGCUAGGCGCCGUGCACGAUGGUUCACCACCGCCCAGCUACUUGGGUGGUCCGGGAGCUGAGAAAUGCCGCUGGGAGGACGGAUACAUUAUGUCAGAUUUACGACAUACAGAACGUGGCUUCCGAUGGUCCCCAUGCAGCAUUCAAAGCUUUCAUCAUUUCCUCAACGGCGACACUGCCAGUUGCCUUCAUAAUGCCCCCCAUGAGGAUGAAGCUCUUGGGAGAGCUCUGCCCGGUACUCUAUUGUCACUGGAUGCCCAGUGCAGAAGAGAUCGAGGUACAUCAGCCUGCUUUAAGGAUGAGCGAGUAUGCGCUCAAUUAUUUUGCUUCGAUGCUGCCAGUGGUUACUGUGUAGCCUACCGACCUGCAGCCGAAGGAUCAUCUUGUGGUGACGGAUUGCAUUGUCUCGAUGGAAGAUGUGUACCCGAAAACGAAAACAUUAUUCCCGACUAUUCACAACACACCCCUAGCUAUGCUAGUCCGAAUGCAUACAAUUCUCAACUUAGCACUGAAUCGUACAGUUUCGGGGAUGAACAUUCACCGGUACAGCCAACAACACGUCCACCGCCUCCACCGCCAACAUUUACCACAAUAACAACGCCCAGCACAACAUCCCGUCUCCCAUUCCCCAAUUUCUUCCAAACCACUCCCUCGACAACGACACGUGCACCCUUUACAUUCAAAUUCAAAUCCUUCUUCGAGACAUCCGCACCACCUGCCCCCUAUCCACUCUACCAAUGGCAGAAACAGACAACACCAGCUCCAACCUAUCCGCCUUUUCCUGUAACAACAACUACUACAACGACCACAACCACAACUACAACAACACCUCCUCCUCCACCCUCCACAACAUCCAUGUAUUGGCCGUUCAGUACAAAAAUCAAUCCCUUUUACUACGGCCUCCACCAUCACAAUUCGGUGUCCUCGACACCGCGUUCAACUACCCGAAAUGCCCUCUUUGAUCUCUAUCUGAGUCGCAUAGCCACAACAACCAAAAACCCCUACAACUUUGAGAACUUCGGAUUGUAUUCCAAGAGCACAACAAAAAACCCACCCUCGUACUUAAAUAAUUUCCUGGGCUCAAACACAAAUACCAUGCGGGUAUCAUUGCCGCAAAUGACCCAGACUUAGACAUAGACGCACGCGUCCCCCUAGCCCAAAAAAAAAAACAAAUUCACCCCCUGAAGACUUUUCUGUGUGUAUUAGAUUGACAAAGAACAUUGAGAGAACAUGUGGACGUAUUUAAUCGAUGAGCAUUGCCAUUACAACGACAACGAAUGGGAAAGACAUUUUAGAGAAUAGAAAGAGAGAGAGAGAGUGAAAUGGAGUGAAACGCAGAUUAUUUGUCUACAAUUAACAAAAAAAAACACAAGUAUUUUUAUAAGAAAUCUUAGUUGUAAAUUUUAGGAAGUAUAUACCAUGAUGAGAACCACCAAGAAGAGUGUGGGAAACUUUUUUUUACAUCUUAAUGUUAUUUGUAGUGUGAGCUGAGCAAGAAUGUUUUAAUUAAGUUAAAAAUUGUGAUAGACGGUUCAAUUAAACGUAAAAAUUAAAAAAUUAAAAAAAACAAAUUUGUACUUGACGAAAAAGUGAGAAAAAAAUGUGUAAAACACAUUUUUUUAGGAGUGAAAUUUUCAUUCAAAUAGAGAAUUUAAUAGGAGACUCUCGCAAGAAUUUACCGUGAUUGUCCCUUGAAAACAAAAAAAGAAACUAAAAAGAAAUCACCUCAAGCACGAAAUGUUUUUUUGCAAUAAGGAGAUUCUCAAGUGCGAGAUGAUCUAUUCUCAUUGAUAUUUUGACCACACAGAAAAAAAAUAUUUUGUAAAAAUGUUCGUAAAUGUUUGUGAAUUCCUGUAGGGGGAGUUACAAAAUGCUCGUGAGUCGUAUAACCCACAAAUAAGUUCGUAAAAGUUUGUUUUUUCACAAACAUUGUUCGUAAAAUGAUCAUUUAACGAACAUUUUUUGUACUUUUACAAACAUUUGUUCGUAAAUGUUCGUAAACACACAAAAAAUGUUCGUAAAAUUUUGUCAUUUGUUCGUAAAUGUUUGUUUUCCUGUCGAACAUAUUACGAACAUUUACGAACAAAUGACCAAAUUUUACGAACAUUUUUUGUGUGUUUACGAACAUUUACGAACAAAUCUUUGUAAAAGUACAAAAAAUGUUCGUCAAAUGAUCAUGUUACGAACAUUGUUCGUAAAAUUUUGUCGUAAACAUAAUUGUCGUAAAUGUUCGUAAACACACAAAAAAUGUUCGUAAAAUUUUGUCAUUUGUUCGUAAAUAUUUGUUUUCCUGUCGAACAUAUUACGAACAUUUACAAACAAAUGACAAAAUUUUACGAACAUUUUUUGUGUGUUUACGAACAUUUACGAACAAAUGUUUGUAAAAGUACAAAAAAUGUUUGUCAAAUGAUCAUGUUACGAACAAUGUUUGUGAAAAAAGUACAAAUUUUUACGAACUUGUUUGUGGGUUAUACGAUUUACGAGCAUUUUGUAACUCCCCGAUAGGAAUUCACAAACAUUUACGAACAUUUUUACAAAAUAUUUUUUUUCUGUGCAUUGUCAGCCUUAAGAUUUAAUUUUAUUUCUCUAUCCUAAUUAUUAAAAAAAAAUACCUAGAUUUGCUGUAAAUCAAAAAAAAUCUUUCCCCAUUUUUUUUGCAUUUUGCCCUGAAGAUCAAAUCAUUCCUUUUUUCUUUAAAUAUUUUACCCGAAGCACAAAAUGAGAUUUUUUCCUCCAGGUUUGCCACAAUAAAAAAUAUGUAAAUAUUACAUUGCCGUUUAAUAAUCAAUUGUAACAUGACUGUAAUAGGUAAUGAUUCAUUUGUAUGACUGGAAAAUGAAAAAAUAUAUACAUUUUAGACAAGAA